GUGAGGGAGGUGCGUCGGUACGUACGCGUUCUGUCAGAGAGCUGAGGUGAAGCCGAUUUUAUAUUAAGACGGCCUGCCAUAUCCAGCCGCUUUCGCUUUCAUUUACGCAGAAGUGUCGCCGAACACAUCGACCAGACGGGAAGACUGUCACAAUGUCAGACAAUAACCAGGACGUUCAGCCCAUGGAUGUGGACACCCCGGAUCCCCAACCUCAGGGUGAGGCUUCGCCAAAGCACCAAGAUGAGGCCUCUCUAACACUCUCGUUAAAGUGGCUCGAAUCCAAGAAACCCAAGAAACCCCAGAAACAGAGGAUGUUACUGGAAAAAUCUCUUCAAAGCUGGUUCAACAAAUGCACAACUAAAGUUGACUGCUCAGUUGAAGAGCCCCAGGCAGACGGGAGUGUUGAGAUAAAGAUUAAACCUCCUCCAGCUGUGAAUGAGCUUCUGAAACUGAAAGGGGAAACAUUGAUGGAGAAAGAUGGCACAAAAACAGUCACCAUACUGUCCAUCAGCCUGGGAUCAUCAAAGAUGGAUACACCAACGGCAGAUGAUGCUUCAGUGAAUACUCCUCCUGCAGCUGCUUCCAUAAACACCAGACCUUCAGUGGCAGAUCUUGCAGUGGACAAGAUGCAGCUUGAAGGACAGAAGGAGCCACUUACUGCAGAAGGAAACCCUCCUCAAGAUGAUAAAAGCAGAUCUGAGGAUUGUGUUGUCCCACUGGGUCUUUACUGGUAUAUCAGCCAGAUCUACAAAAAUGAAAUCACACGCAUAGAGAAAGAAACUAAAGUCACCAUAAAGCCAAGUGUUACUGUGAGAUUUGAUACUAAAGGGGAAGAUGGGAAACCAGGUGAAGCUCAAAACAGGUUUACAGAUCUUGUCCAAAGGUACUUGCCUGAUUCCCGUAGCUCAGUUAUUCCUCUGCAGUUUGUAGAUCCUGAUCAGUGGAGCGAUGCGCUGAAUGUCAUUAGGAACAGCAACAAGGUUUUAGUCACCAUGUCCUCUGAGGAAAUGACCGUCUGUGGGCCAGAUUAUUGUCAAAAAUCUCUCAGUUCCGCCUUAAAUGCAAUGCAGGAAUCCAGCACCUCUUUUGGAGAGUCUGAACGGCCAUCUUGGUCGAAAAACUUCAAUGGUGAUCUGAGACUGAAGAUCAGGAUGACAAUCAAAGAUGAUCUUGGUGAUGCAGGACUCACCUUGGAGGAGAACCACUGGAAGACCUUGAAUACUUCUAAUAAACACUCUCUUGCAAACAUCAAAUCUAAGUUCAAUGUGGACUUUAAAGAAUCCAGCAUCAGUGAGGGCAAAGUUAAUGUCAAAGCUUCCUACAAAGGACCAGGAGGAAACGCAGCCAUGGAGAGCCAUGCUGUCCGAGCUCUGCUGCGUCUGUACCAGAAGAUUAUGACCUCGCCCCGGCACCAGCCUCCACCUUAUGGUUUCUCUGGGCUCAGUGGUUCUGAAGAGACCACCAGAGGACCUGGGUUGAACGGCCAUUCAACGCAAAACAGUGAAGAAUCAACAGGAGGGGGUGCGACAGGGGACAGCAGAGAUGACAAAUGUUCCAUAUGUUUGUCCCACUUUACCAAUAAGAGACAGCUGAAGUGUAAGCAUGAAUUUUGCAAUGAGUGCCUGCAAAACACAAUGAAAUACAUUGGACCCAUCUGUCCAAUAUGCAAGGAUAUUUUUGGUAAGGUGCAAGGAACCCAACCUAAUGGGACAAUGAGGUGGAAUAGAAGUUCUAUCUCCCUCCCUGGAUUUCCAGACUGUGGCCAUAUAUGUAUCACCUACAAUAUUCUAAGUGGAAAACAGAAGGAAAAUCAUCCCAAUCCUGGACAGUACUAUACAGGAACCACCAGAUCUGCAUAUCUUCCAGACAACAAAGAGGGCAAUGAAGUGCUGCAACUGCUAAAAAAAGCUUUUGACCAGAAGCUGAUCUUCACCGUCGGAGCUUCAAGGACAACUGGGGUGGAGAACAUGGUGACCUGGAAUGACAUCCACCACAAGACAUCCAUGACAGGAGGACCAGAGAGCUUUGGAUAUCCUGACAAGAACUACCUGAGCCGAGUCAAGGAUGAGCUGAAAGCCAAAGGCAUCGAGUGAAUUUGAAGUUUUUUAUUUUACAUUUGAACAAUUAAUAGAAUCAAUCUCUUCUCUAUGUAUUGGGACCAUUGCAGAUAAAAGUAAUAACAAUAAUGUGGAUCAAAAGAAUAAUAAUGUAAACAAUAGCAACAACUAUAAUAAUAAUAAUAGUAAUAACAAUAAUAUGCUGGUGAAGAUUCACCAGCAUAUUAUUGUUAUUAUCAUUAUUAACAAUAAUAAUAACUUUUGCAGAGAGUUUUGCAAUUUUUGCAGAAAAAUUAUAUUUUUGAUUAGUUGACAUAUUUACAAAAUUGUUUAAUAUAUUCUCUGCAUUUAGUCCUCCUUGGCUGCAUUAUUUUUCUUCUUUGAUCUUCAAUACUUCUCUUUAGUAAUGUAAUAGUAAAAUAAAUGAUUUAGGUUACAUCAGUAACAGCUGACAAUAUGUAAAAACUAAGAAUAUGCCGUUCAAUUUGUUUUAAAUUAUUUUUUUUUUGGUGCAAUUGUCUUUCCAUACACAGUAUGAAUCACAGAUGUAAUUUGGAUGUAAAUGUAAUCAAAUAUGUAAGAUAAUCACAUUUACUCUUUCUCUGAUAAAUAAACUACUCCAUGAAGACUCACU